UUUAGCUCCAAACUUUACGCACGGAUGUGCUCCUCUGGACCUAUUUCACACCGCAUUUGGAGGCAUUUUCUACUCAAGUGUAUUGCCCAUUUAAAAUAGUCACGCCUGCUCUUUUAUACGCCUGCUCAUUUUUUUACAUUUUUUUUAAACUUUAAACAACAUUUUACCUGCUGACGCGUCUCAUUCCUGCAGACGGAUGCGGUAGAAUACAAAAAGAUGAAGUGUGUCUUGAUAACUUGCCUGGUCCUGGUGCUAUGCAGCGUGCACAGGCUCCGGGCAUCCCCGGCUUUGGAGGAAGGCGACGGGUCGGAUGACAGCGCCUCGACCCUGGCCUUUGUGUUCGAUGUGACCGGAUCCAUGUACGACGACCUUAAGCAGGUGAUCGAUGGCGCCUCGCGGAUCCUGGAAAAGACCCUCAACCGAAGGACCAGACCCAUCAAAAACUUUGUUCUGGUUCCGUUCCAUGAUCCAGACAUUGGUCCAGUGUCCAUCACCACUGACCCUACAAAGUUCCAGAAGGAUCUUCAAGAGCUGUUUGUUCAGGGUGGUGGUGACUGCCCUGAGAUGAGUGUUGGAGCCAUUAAGAAAGCCUUGGAGGUUUCUCUUCCUGGAUCCUUCAUUUAUGUCUUCACCGACGCUCGAGCCAAAGACUACCGCCUGAAAAGAGAUGUUCUCCAGCUGGUGCAACUCCGUCAGUCUCAGGUGGUUUUUGUGCUGACUGGGGACUGUGGUGAUCGCUCUCAGCCUGGCUACAAGGCCUACGAGGAGAUUGCAGCCAUGUCCUCAGGCCAGAUCUUUCACCUGGACAAGCAGCAGGUCAAUGAGGUAUUGAUGUGGGUCGAGGAGACUAUUCAGGCCAUGAAGGUCCAUCUACUGUCCUCAAACCAUGACAGUGCCCAGGAGAAUCUUUGGGAAGUGCCCUUUGACCCUAGCCUCCGCGAGGUCACUGUGUCACUCAGUGGGCCUGCUCCACAAAUUGAGCUCAAAGAUCCCCUUGGCCACGUAGUAGGUCCUGAGCAGGGUCUGAAAGAGCUUCUGAAUAUUCCUAACUCUGCUCGUGUUGUCAACCUGAAGUUUCCCAGGCCCGGAGCAUGGAACUUGAAGGUUAGCUGCACUGGCCGUCAUACCCUGAGGGUCACGGGAGUCAGCAAUCUGGACUUCCGGGCUGGCUUUUCAAGUUUACCUGUUAAAGAGUUUAACCACACUAGGGAGAGGCCAAUCACAGGACUGCCAGCAUAUGUUUUGCUGAAAUGCACAGGCCUGAAGCCUCCAGGUCAUCUGAGUCACGUAGAACUAAUGUCUGGCUCGGGACGUUCCCUGCGCACCAUUCAGGUGCCUCUGCCCUCUGACCUUGGCCAGCAAGGGCUGUGGAGUAUCCCAGAGAUACGCACCCCUUCCCAGAGUUUCUUCAUCAAGGCAACGGGCAGAGACGAGGAGGGCUAUCGCUUCCAGCGACUGUCCAGUGUCUCAUACACCAACAUAGUUCCAGCUCCCCCAGCUGUCAACAUGCCUGAUGUGGUGAACGGUAUCUACAUGCACCCUGCUACGAUUCGCUGUUCUGUGGAGAGCGACAUACCUUACAGGCUAAGAUUUACCAGAAGUGGAAGGGCACUUGGGGCGGAGAAGUUCUUCCAGAAAUCUGCCACUGCAUCAUGGGAGAUUGACCAUGCUUCAGCUGAGGAUGAGGGCUUCUAUGAGUGCAUAGCACAGAGUGGUGCAGGUCAAGGACAUGCCUUAACCCAGCUGAGUGUUAGAGAGCCUGCUCCUGUACUCAAGCCAGCAGUCAAUGUGACUUCCUUAGUGGGAAGCGUGGCUGUGUUGUCCUGUAAGGUAGAGGGCUCCAUGCGCUACAACCUGACCUGGAUCCGAGCAGGUCGCACCAUCCGAGCUCAUUCGGGGAGGGUGAGGCUGCUGUCCAACUCGUCCCUUCAGGUUAGCAGCGUGAAGAUUCAGGAUGCUGGGGAUUACCACUGUGUGGCCUCAAAUGCCCACGGAGACAACAGAAUCACUGUAUGGCUCUUCGUCCCAGAGGCACCUUCUGUGGUACUUCACCCCCAGAGCCAGGUCUUUUCCCGAGGGGAUGAAAUCCGCCUCGUCUGCUCAACAUCCGGCUCUCCCCCUCCUCUGCUCUUUUGGAGUCAUGGAAACACGUUCCUUGCUAAUCGGCCGAGGUUGAGUCUACACGAGCGAGGAGUUGUGACCAUAACAGGGGCUGUCCCAGAGGAUGCUGGGAAUUACACAUGUCUGGCAAGCAACGUGGCUGGGACUGCCUCGCAGUCUGUCUUUCUUACUUACGCAGAGGUGCCUAUCAUAACAGUGGUGCAGCAGGUCCUACUUGUAGCUGUUGGGGAUGAUGCUACUCUGGAGUGUCAGGCCAGUGGAACGCCCACUCCUCUUGUCCAUUGGUUUAAAGGGAAACUUGAGGUGGGCUCCGCCCCCUUUGUUCAGCAAGAUGUCCACCGUGGGACCCUGCACAUUGGAGGAGUACAGGAAGUAGAUGCUGGUCAAUACAGCUGUGUGGCCAGCAGUCCUGCUGGGACCUCAUCUGGCACAGUCACUCUGCAGGUUGGAGUGGGACCUUUGUUCUCUGAGGCACCGGUUGACAUGGCGGCUAAUGUAGGGGAAAACAUCACCCUUCCCUGUGUGGCUCGAGGUUUCCCGCAACCAACUGUGUCUUGGUACACUCAAGAUGGCAGACACAUUCUCCCAAGGACAGACAAUCACAGCAGAAAAAGGCAACUGGAGAAUGGAUUCCUUCUGAUUGAGAGUAUCUGGCUGGAUGAUGAAGGGCUCUACACCUGUGAAGCCCAAAACCAGUUUGGAACCAUUAAAGCUGAGGCCAGAGUUAGUGUCACUGGACUGGAGCCCCCACUCUUAGCUCAAGGUGCCCCCGUCAUUACCACUGGCAUCGGGCAGUCCCUGAGUAUCCCAUGUAUGCUGCUGGAUGGAAUACCACUCCCAGAGAGACAGUGGUCACGAAAUGGGAAACAUGUUCAGUUGAACGGGAGAAUGUUUGUGAGGAGUGAUGGUAGUUUGUACAUUGAAAGAGCUGUCCCAGAGGAUUCUGGCACGUAUGUUUGCACAGCAGUGAACGUAGCAGGCUCAAUGAACAUCACAGUGAGCUUGGAGGUCCAUGUGCCCCCAGAGAUCAACGGUGGCCCCUACCGCUACAUAGCUAACGAAGGUCUAGCCAUCACAUUAUCAUGUGAGACCAGUGGGGUUCCUAAGCCGGUUGUGGUCUGGUCCAAGGGAAGGCAACCUCUGCCUCGUGACAGCUCCUCGCUUCAAGCUGACCCCAACGGAUACCUCCACAUCCCUCACCCCACCACUGACGAUGCAGGAAUCUACAUCUGUACCGCCACUAGUUCUGUGGGUUACGCUAGUCGAGAAAUCCAGCUCAGUGUCAACACAAUACCCAAGAUAAUGGGUGUGAGUGACCAUGACAACAUAGUAAAAGUGGCUGCAGAGGUGGGAACAGAGGUAAUUCUACCUUGUGAGGCCCAAGGGAGUCCGACACCACUGGUCACGUGGAACAGAAAUGGCCAACCCAUCCCCCCUGUCACAGCAGGGUUCACCGUUUUGCCCUCUGGCUCGCUGAAGAUAACUGAUGUACGCCGCAUUGAUAGCAAACUGUACACUUGUACUGCUGAGAAUCCAGCCGGCAAUGUGUCCUUAAGUUACAAUUUACGCAUCCAAGCCAAGCCCAGGAUUCAGCCUGCACCCCCUCUACUGAAAGCUCUGGUGGGACAAACAGUCACGCUCCCAUGUGUGGUCCAGGGGGAGCCGAGCCCAGAGGUCAAUUGGUUUCACAAUGGACUUCCUGUUGGGAUCAAGGAGACGUCACCUCUUAGGAUCCAGCAGGUCAGCCAAGCUGACAAAGGAACUUACCAGUGUGUGGCUCGUAACAGCGCUGGACAGGAGACUUUGGAGAUCAUGCUGGAAAUUCUUGAGGCCCCAUCUUUUGCCGAACCAGGAGAUUCCAUCAUGGAGAAAAUAAGUAACAGCAAGGUAGUCAUCCCUUGCCCCGCUGAAGGUUCUCCACCACCAAAGGUGCGCUGGUUCAAGAAUGGCCUGGAGAUACAUCCUGGACAAUCAGAGUUUUCUGUGAUGAGGGAUGGAGCUCUUAUAAUUAGCAGAGCUUCUGCCAGUCACAGUGGCGACUUCAAAUGUGUGGCAACCAAUGAGGCGGGCUCUGUGGAUAGGAAGACCAGAUUGAAAGUGAAUGUUCCUCCUGAAAUCCAAGAUGAUGGUCAAGCACAUAACCUUACUGUGACCUUAAAGCAGCCUCUCACUCUUGGCUGUGAUGCCUUUGGUAUUCCUUCCCCGACAAUUACCUGGACUAAAGAUGGUCACCUUGUUGACAGUCCUGGGCUGUAUCUGCAAAAUGGGAACCGACUGCUUAAAAUCUACAGAGUCCAGCCAGAACACGCAGGAAUGUUUGCUUGCACCGCUCAAAACUCAGCUGGAGAAGCACGAAGGGAAUAUCAUAUAGUGGUGCAAGCUCCACCAGUGAUCUCAGGAACAUCCAAACUCCAAGAUAUAACAGCCAUCCUUGGCCAGGAGGUGGAGUUUCAGUGCAGAGUUAGUGGGCGCCCAGCACCCAGAGUGGAAUGGAGUCGCGACGGAGAGGUGCUGUCCCGUGAUGGAGAUCCACAUGUGGAGUUCCUGGAGGAUGGCCAGGUGCUGAAAGUGAAAUCAGCCCGGCUGAGAGAUCAAGGACUUUACCAGUGUUUGGCCAGCAACAAUGCGGGGACACAGAUACGGCAGUUCAGACUAACAGUGCAAGCUCCUCCAGCAAUCAGAGGUCCUGGUCAGAUCUCGAAUGUGACAGUGGUGCUGGGCUUCCCGAUAGUCCUUCUCUGUGAUGUAGAAGGUUCACCCAUGCCGAGCAUCACCUGGUUGAAAGACAACCAGCCCAUUGUGUCGAGCGCCCAGUUGACAUACACGCAAGGUGGGCAGGCUUUUAGGGUGGGCUCAGCACAAGGGGACAGCACAGGCCUUUAUACGUGCCGGGCUUCCAAUCCAGCUGGCACUGCUGUCAAGCACUAUUCUCUUAGUGUUCUAGUACCCCCACAAAUCGACGGGGACCCAGCAUCUAUCGGCACUCGGGAAAAGAAAGUACGAAUCAAUGACAGUUUAACUCUCUCCUGCCUUGCUAAAGGUUUCCCUGAGCCCAAGUUUGCCUGGUUCAAAGAUGGGCAGCCGUUGACAGGAAACAACCAUGUUGGCAUUUUGGUGAGUGGGGCCUUCCUGCAGCUAGAGAAUGCAAUGCUGUCCCAUGAAGGUCAGUACACAUGCGUGGUCACCAACUCGGCAGGAGAGGACAAGAGAUACUUCCAUGUUGCCGUACAAGUUCCUCCGGUCUUCCAUCGCGUGACUAACAGAGAAGCAGCCUGGGGUGUGGAGGACAGAGAGGAUGAGGAGAAUGAGGACAUGGUAGCCAAGCGGGAAGUAAUCCUUGGCCAUCCCAUCAGCCUCUCCUGCGAAAGUAACGCCAUACCACCCCCUAAGCUCAAUUGGUACAAAGAUGGACAGAAGCUCACCAGCGCUGACGGAGCAAUAUUACUGCCAGGUGGACAGGUGUUACACAUUGCUCGAGUUCAGAAAGAGGAUGCAGGAAGGUACACAUGCGAGGCUGUCAAUGAAGCUGGAGAGGAUCAUUUGCAUUUUGAAUUGGAGGUCUUGGUAUCACCUGUGAUCAUGGGGGCAUCUGAGGAGUUUAUGGAGGAAAUAGGAGCAGUGGUCAACAGCACUGUGGCCCUUCAUUGUGAUGUAACUGGACAUCCGACUCCAGCUAUCUCGUGGUCUAGAGAUGGACAGCCAGUUGACACGGACUCACAGCAUCUCAUCAGUGAGGACAGUACACAACUGCAGCUCCUCAGUGUGCAGGUUUCAGACAUGGCUGGAUACUUGUGUACAGCAGAAAACAAGGUCGGGUCAGUUGAGAAGCUCUUCAGUCUAACUGUUCAAGUACCACCGAGAAUAUUAGGACCUAAAGAGGAGGAGCUGAGUGUGACUGAGGGUCAUAUGGUGUCAUUGCUGUGUGAUGUACAAGCAUACCCUCCACCAGAAAUCACUUGGACCAAAGAUGGGCAGAUCCUCCGCUUUAGUAGCGGUAUCCACCUAUUGCCAGGUGGCCAGAUGCUACAGCUGCCCCGGGCAAGACUGGAGGAUGCAGGACAAUACGUUUGCACGGCCUCUAAUUCAGCUGGCCAGGACCAGAAGAGUCUACUCCUCAGUGUUUAUGUGCUGCCCACCCUGAAAUCUCGUCUUGAUGCCGAGUCAGAUGUGGUGACCCCGCAGCUCGGCUCUUCUGUAACCCUGCAAUGCGAAGCCCAUGGUGUCCCUGAGCCUGAGGUCACGUGGUAUAAAAAUGGACUCCAACUAGUUCCAGGGAAUGGACUGAAGACAGAUCACCACCAACUGGAGAUCACAGGAGUUCAGAUGACAGACGGUGGCACAUAUACUUGCAAAGUAUCCAAUGUAGCUGGCCAGGUAGACAGAACCUUCAGACUCGCAGUUUACGUUCCACCUGUCAUCAAUGAGCCUCUCUCGGAGACCCUAAACUACACCUUGGGCUCUCUUGUAUCACUUCGGUGUGAGGCCUCGGGAGUCCCUGUUCCAAGCAUAACAUGGCUCAAAGAUGGAACACCUAUCGAGAGUAGCCUGCAGUGGCAGUGGUCUAUCCGAGGGAACCGCCUUGAGUUGGGGCCUCUUACUCUGUCUCAUGCCGGAACUUACACCUGUGUUGCCAAGAACAGUGAAGGACAGGAACAAAAGGACUAUAUUCUCACAGUGCAGGUGUCACCUACUAUUCUGGACUCUGAUGAUCCAUCUGAAGUUAGUGCACCCAUGGGUGAAGAGAUAACACUCGAGUGCAAAGCAGCUGGAAACCCCACACCUCACCUUAGCUGGCUCAAAGACGGCUUGACUUUGGAAGGUUCCGAUAGUCGUCACAUUGCUGUGACGCCCGAUGGCAGCACAUUGACAUUACUAGGCCUUAGUCCUGAGGAUUCUGGAACAUAUACCUGUUUGGCUGUCAGCCCUGCUGGUCAGGAGAGCAAGAUCUACACUCUCUUUGUCCUUGUACGACCAUCCAUCUUGGGCGAGACCACCGAACCCAAAGUGUUACAGGCCGUACAGGACAGUGCUGUGACUCUUGAGUGUCGUGCUGAUGGAGACCCUCCACCUCAGAUCAGCUGGCUCAAGAAUGGACAACCUCUACUUUUAUCACCCCAUACACGCCUAGUUUCUGGUGACUCCGUACUUAGGAUUUCUCCCGUGCAGUUGUCAGAUGCUGGCGUUUACACAUGCAUAGCUCGCAGCCGAGCUGGUCUUGCUGAACUUAGCUAUGACGUUCAGGUCCAAGUGCCUCCUGGUGUGGAUCAUGUGGAACCUGUAGAACCGGUGACAGUUGUGCAAGGAUCGUUAGUAACUCUUACCUGUGAGGCCCGUGGUGUUCCUCCUCCAACGUUGACUUGGAUGAAAGACGGCCAGCCGCUAUCACUUCAUCGGAACCUGCUGUUGGAUGGACAGGAGACGCGGCUGCAGCUGCCUGAUGUGGCACCUUCGGAGGCAGGCCUCUACAGCUGUGUUGCUAGCAACCAAGCUGGAAGCAGCACAAAGAGUUUUAAUCUUACCAUUCUAGAGCCUCCAAAGAUAUACGAAUCUGAUGACCCACUGGAGCUGACGAUUGCAGUAAACAGCCCUCUGGAGUUGGAGUGCUCUGCAGAGGGAGUACCACCCCCUACCCUUAGCUGGCUCAAGGACGGUCGUCCGCUGGAAGGAAACGACAUCAUUCAGGAGGAUGGACACAUUCUUAGUAUCAGCAAAAUUCAGGUUGAGGAUGCAGGUCUGUACACCUGCUUGGCCAGCAGCUCAGCUGGAGAGGAUGGAAGAAACUAUUGGGUUCGAGUACAAGUCCCACCGACCCUUCUUGGCUCUGAAGAUGUUAGAACUUUGUCAGUGCCAGUUAAUGGACAUCUGACCCUGGAGUGCCUGGCUGACAGUGACCCCCCUCCUGAUAUUGACUGGUACAAGGAUGAGGUCCAGAUGCAGCUGGGUGGCCGCAUUCAGCGGCUCGCAGGAGGCCAGUACCUUGAAAUACAGGACGUCAGACCAGAGGACAGUGGCCAGUACAGUUGUGUGGUUACCAACAUGGCAGGAAGCACCAGUCUCUUCUUCAUUGUGGAGAUUCUCUUGCCACCAGUGAUUAAGGAGAGCACCGCUGUGGUCACAGCUCAUAUAGGCCAGGAUGCAAUUUUGCCUUGUGAAGUUGAAGAUGGCACGUCUCCGACAAUUAUGUGGAGAAAAGAUGGCUUCCCCAUAACCCACGAUAACAACAAGUACACCAUGCUACCAGAAGGCUCCUUACGUGUGCACGGAGUUCAGCUAAGUGAUGCUGGCCGCUACCACUGCACGGUAUCAAACCAGGCAGGCUCGGACCACCGGGGAAUCGAUCUCAGAGUGUUUGUGGGUCCUUCAAUCAGUCCUGGCCCGUUCAACACAACAGUAACCACAGGCAUCAGAGCUGUCCUGAGCUGUGAGACAACAGGCAUACCUCCUCCUAAAGUGUCCUGGAAAAGGAAUGGCUCCCCUCUUGAUAGUAGCCAUCAGUCUAAUGCAUACAAGUUAUUAUCUUCUGGGUCACUGGUACUUUUAUCGCCGUCCAAUGAGGAUGAAGGUUACUUUGAGUGCACAGCUGUGAAUGAUGUUGGAGAGGAACGCAGGGUUAUUGAGGUCAUCCUCCAAGUCCCACCGUCUAUUGAAGACGAUGUCACAACAGUUACAGCUGUGAAAAUGUCUCCUGUGGAGUUGCCUUGUCAAGUUAAAGGCCAACCUCAGCCAAUCGUCUCCUGGACAAAAGGUGGAGCCAAGCUGGGAUCUAGAGGAGGAAGUUACCGCGUCCUACCUACUGGGGUGUUGGAGAUAACUGCUGUGUUACCAAGCCAUGCCGGCAGGUACACAUGCUCAGCUCGCAAUGCAGCUGGAGUGGCUCACAAACACAUCUCACUUACGGUGCAAGAGUCUCCAGAAAUCAGACCCCUGCCAGAGGAAGUCCAAGUGGUGUUACAUCAUGGGACCAUCUUACCCUGUGAGGUUCAAGGAUUUCCUAGGCCGUCCAUUACCUGGCAAAGAGAGGGUGUUCCCAUAGCAGCUGGUCACAGGCUAGCUGUGCUCUCAAACGGCGCCCUCAAGUUUGCUCGUGUUACUCUUGGUGAUGCAGGAAUGUACCAAUGCCUGGCAAAAAAUGAAGCUGGUGUUGCUGUGGGAAGAACUAAACUUGUGCUUCAAGUUCCACCAGUGCUGAGCGUGCCCCAUGUGGAAUACAUUGCUGUGCUGGGCCAACCUGUCAGUUUGGAGUGUGCGGCCGAUGGCCAACCCCAACCGGACGUUACUUGGCACAAAGACAGGAGACCUUUAGUUGACAGUGCUCAUAUUCAUAUAUAUGCAAAUGGUACACUGGUGAUCACAUCUACCCAGCGCAGUGAUGCUGGGACGUACACAUGUACUGCCAAAAAUCUUGCUGGCAGAACCAGUCAAGACAUCAGACUGGUGAUUCAAAUUCCCCCGAUGAUUCUUCCUGGUCAAACAGAGAUGUCAGUCAUUCAAGGAUUUCAGGCCUUGCUACCUUGUGCUGCUCAAGGUUCACCAGAUCCCAAAGUAUCAUGGGAAAAGGAUGGUGAAGUUUUGCUCAAACGUCCGGGCAAAUUCACCGUCCUGCGAUCCGGAGAGCUGAUUAUCGAGAGGGCUGAGCCAGGAGAUGCUGGACUUUUCACAUGUGUAGCCACCAAUGAGGCAGGAUCCACGAAACAGGAUAUUCACUUGUCCGUCAAUAUGCGACCUGCCUUUAAAGAGCUACCUGGUGAUGUUACCUUAAAUAAAGGGCAGGAUCUGGCCUUAUCUUGUCAUGCACAAGGAACACCUUCUCCUGUCAUCUCCUGGACUGUCAACAAUAAACCUUACCCAGGGGCCACUGUAGAUGAAGCUGGCAGGAACACCAUCAUAAUCGAUAACGUUACCAUGAGUGAUGCUGGAACUUAUGUGUGUAUCGCGGAAAACAGCGUGGGCUCCAUCCGAGCGCUCUCCUUUGUCCGCAUCAGAGAGCCUCCUGUUCUGAAGGGUGAAGCCCACACGUUUCAAACAGUCACUCAAGGUGGCUCCGCUAUGAUCGACUGUCCAGUCCAAGGAGACCCCAACCCAGUUUUCCGCUGGCUCCGGAACGGAAAACCCCUGCACCGCUCUGUCCGCAUGCAAGCACUUCACAAUGGAUCAUUGAUCAUUUACAGCAUCACCGCUGCAGACGAAGGGGAUUAUGAAUGCGUGGCUGAGAGUGAAGCAGGGUCAGCUGAACGGACCAUUACUCUCAAGGUUCAGAUUAAUGGAGGCUACUCCAACUGGCAAGACUGGGGUCCUUGUAGUAGCAUCUGCGGUCAAGGCUUCCAAGACCGCAGUCGACUUUGCAACAACCCAGAACCAGCUAAUGGUGGACGAACGUGCAGCGGGCCAAGUAUUGACUCCAGGAAAUGUCAAGCCGGCCUUUGUCCAGGUGAAGCCCCUCGCAGGACCAGAGGAAGUCUUAUAGGCAUGGUCAACGAGAGAGAGUUUGGAGUGUCUUUCCUAGAGGCCAACAUCACAGAUAAUGAAGAAGAAGGCAGCAGCACUCUCCAGGCCCGUCUUGACAACAUUCCUCCGAGCGUUGGUCCCUUGCUGCGGGUGCUGGUAUCUGGUUUUGCACCCAUCUACUGGACCACUGUGCUUCAGCGAGAGACCACGAGGAAUGGCUUCUCCUUCACACAUGGACAGUUCAAGCAGGAGUCUCAACUGGAAUUUGAAACAGGCGAAGUCCUUCGUGUCCUCCAUGUGGCUAGAGGACUGGAUUCUGAGGGAGUUUUACUGAUUGACAUUGUAAUCAAUGGAUUUGUACCGCCAUCAUUAACAACCUCACAUGUCAGCCUCCAGGAGUUUGAUGAGUCCUAUGUGCAGACGGGUCAAGGACAGAUGUACUCGUGGUCAUCACAGACCCACCAGAGAGGGGGUACCCCCAUGGUGCUGCGCUGCAACCACACCAUUAUCUACGAGGGCGAGGAGACCCGCCAGGGCCCUCUGCUCCAGCUGUUGAAGGUUUCCGGAAUGAAUAGUGUCUACAAUAUGCUUACGCUUACACUGGACUUCCACUUUACAUCACACCUUCUCAUACCAGAUGGUCAUGAAGACAGUUGCCCGAAAGGCUUUGUCCUCGACACAACCUCAUACUGUGCUGAUGAAGACGAAUGUGCGCUUCAGUCUCCCUGCUCUCACUCGUGUAACAACAUCAUGGGAGGGUUUUCUUGCGUCUGCCCUUCUGGCUUUACCAUCUCGACGGAAACCAACAUAUGCCAAGAUAUUGACGAGUGUGCCCAAGGCUCACAUAUGUGCCACUACAACCAGCAAUGUAUCAACACAAUGGGCACUUAUCGCUGCCAAGCCAAGUGUGGAGCAGGAUUUAAGCCCAGCAUUAAAGGAAACAGCUGCGAAGAUGUGGACGAGUGCAGAGAGUCUACCAUAUCGCCGUGUCAACAUCAGUGUCUCAACACUUUGGGAUCCUACCGCUGCAUCUGCCACCCUGGGUAUCAGCAGUCAGGACACCAAUGCAUCGACAUCAAUGAGUGCAUGAGGAAUGUGUGCCCAGCUCACCAGCAAUGUCAGAACACUGACGGAGGCUACCAGUGUUUCGACAGCUGCCCAGCUGGCAUGACCAAAGCAGAAAAUGGAGUGUGCAUGGAUAUUGACGAGUGUCAAGAUGGAAGUCACAUGUGUCGCUACUCUCAGAUCUGUCAGAACACAGUCGGAGGUUACGGGUGUAUAUGUCCCAGAGGGUACCGGUCUCAAGGAAUUGGUCUGCCAUGUCUGGACGUCGAUGAAUGCCUGCAGACACCAAGCCCAUGCGUCUUUCAGUGCCGCAAUGUGCCGGGCAGCUUCAGAUGCUUGUGUCCACCUGGAACUGUGCUGCUUGGGGAUGGACGCUCAUGUGCUGGGCUAGAGAGAGGACAGAUCUUUACUAAUGGGACCAGAGUCAGAGCGAGACUUCGGCCGCAGCUGGUGUCAUCCCUUGGCAGGCCUUUUUUGUCCCGUUCUCACGGGGUGUCUCGUAUUACCAGGCAGAGCUGUCCUCUAGGAUAUACCAGCAGAGAUGGCAAAUGUGUUGAUGUGGAUGAAUGUCUGCUCAGGAAGCCCUGCCAACAUGAAUGUCGAAACACCAUUGGCAGUUUCCAGUGUCUGUGUCCUCCAGGCUACCAGCUGCUACCCAAUGGCAGGAACUGUAAAGACACUGACGAAUGUUUGGAGCAAGGCAUUCAAUGUGGCCACAAUCAGAUGUGUUUUAACACCAGAGGAGGAUACCAGUGCCUGGACACUCCCUGUCCUGCAUCCUACCAGCGGGGAAGAAGCCCGGGGACAUGCUACAAGCCAUGCUCUCUGGACUGCGCCACCGGAGGCUCUCCUCUGCUCCUGCAGUACAAGCUCCUCACGCUUCCCUCUGGCAUACCAGCCAAUCACAACGUAGUGCGGCUGUCCGCGUUCUCGGAGUCAGGAAUCUUGCAAGAACGCACAUCUUUUAUUAUACUAGAGCAAGAAUCUGAGACGGGUCUAUUGGGACAAGCAUUUGGCAUCAGGGAUGACACAGGCCGGGGGAUCAUCUACACAAGGCGGCUGCUUGACAGCCCUGAACUUGUACGCCUCAAAGUGCAGGCCACCACCAUUUCACAGCAAGGCCGUGUGACAUACCAGAGUAUCUUCAUCAUCUACAUUUCCAUCUCGGCAUUUCCCUACUGACCUGCUUCACAACUCUAGAUACUUUUAACGCAAAUCUCCAGAAACCUGAGUCUCGGAUGCAUUACGUGACUGAUAAAUCCUGUGGAUACUUAGGACUGAAACAUGGUGAAAGAACUUAACAUUGCAUUAUCGAGGCCGAUACGACUGGCCAGAGAAAAUUGAAUCUGUCGCCCCAAAAAUGGAAAGAAAUGCAUUAAUUGCCUCAGUAAAAACAUGAUCCAAAACUUCCAAGCUUGGGUCUUCUGGUAGAUAAUUCAACGUCUGGUCGUAGUGCUUCUGAUUAUGCCUAAUUAAGGCAAAUAAAUGAAAAUGUAAGCAAAAAAUAGCUUGAUCCGGUUUAAAUUUUCAUCAUUAAUGACAAUAAAUAAUAUUGACAAUAGGGAUUGCUUAUUCUACAAUUUAAAAAAAUUCUGACUCCUUGAGCCACUUGUUUAAAGUGACAAACCAGUGGAGCGUGUGUAACUGUGUGAUCGUGUUGCAUCUAUGCAGCUUUUUUGUCCUCUGCAUUUGAAUGUAAAUAUGUUUAAAAGUGCCUUUUUGAAUGUAUCGGAGUAGACUUUCUUGAGGCUGGUGCUAAAAUUAAUACAUUUUUUUACCGGUAUUGACUGCAUUCAUUCUGUUGUUGGUGCUGCUCCAAAUGUCUUCCGUGCUUACAUGACCUUUAUACACAAUGCUGAUAUGGGAUUUGUUGGUGUAAAAGAAGAGGAAAAGGGUCAUUUGCAACCCACGUUAGCCUGCGAAAAAAGAGAUUAGACUGUUACUUAUACUGUCGACCCUACUCAAACCGUGUUAACCCACUUUCACUGUAAAUUGUAUGUGUGUUGAGUACAGUAUUUGCAGAAAUAAAAAACACAUUUGUUUUUUUUUAAA